AUGUCUCCUGCAGCAGCAGCAGCAGCAGCAGCAGCAGCAGCAGCAGCAGGAGCAGGAUAUGGGUUUGCUGCGGAGGAGGAGCAGCAGCUGCAGCAGCAAAAGUUGCAUAGGAGGAGGAGGAGGAGCAGCAGCUGCAGCAGCAAAAGUUGCAGUGCGACAGAUAGCAGCAGCAGAUAUUUCCAGCUGCAGCAGCAGCAGCAGAAACAGGAGGAGCAAGAGCAGCAGCAGCAGCAACUGCAGCAGCAGCAGCAGCAGCAGCAGCAGCAGCAGCAGCAGCGAACCUUCUGUGUUGUCUACGUUGGCGGAGGAAGCAAGACAAGCGACAUGCUGAUAGGCAGCACAGAGCAGCAGGAGACAGAGAAAAAGGAGACAGAGAGAGAGGAGACAGAGAGAGAGGAGACAGAGAGAGAGAAGGAGACAGAGAGAGAGAAGGAGACAGAGAGAAAGAAGGAGACAGAGAGAGAGAAGAGAGACAAAAAGGAGACAGAAAAAAAAAAGGAGACAGAGGCAAAUACACCCCACACCCCACACCCGAGCUACACCAACGCAGAUGUUGCUGUUGCUGCUGUUGCUGCUGCUGCUGCUGCCGCUGCUGCUGCUGCGGUCGUGGCGGUGGUAGGGAAGGAGUGUAAGGCAGCUCAUAGACACUCAGCUCUAGCAGCAGCAGCAGCAGCAGCAGCAGCAGCAGUAGCAGCAGCAGCAGGACUAACAGCAGCAGCAGCGCUAGUAGCAGCAGCAGGAGCAGCAGGACUAGUAGCAGCAGCAGUGCUAGUAGCAGCAACAGCAACUGCAGCAGCAGCAGGACUAGGAGCAGCAAUAGCAGCAACACCGCCACCACUAGCAGCAGCAGCAGCAGCACCACUAGCAGCAGCAACACCGCCACCGCUAGCAGCAGCAGCAGCAUCAAUACCACUAGCAACAGCACCAGCAAUACCACCAUCACCAACACCAGCAGCAGCAACAGCAGCAGUAGCAGCAGCAGCAGCAGCAGCAGCAGCAGCAGCAGUAGCAGCAUCAGCAUCAGCAGCAGCAGCAGCAGCAGCAGCAGCAGCAGCAGCAGUGUGGGGUUGUUACAGUUUGUUGUCUAGCACAUCUGGCAAUCGAUAG